AUGGUCUCCGACGACCUCUUGGAGAAAUGUCUCCAGAUCCUGCAGGAUCAGGCCCUGGAUGAGGAAGAGCAGGUAGAGAAAGUGGAGGAUUUUUUGAGCACGAACUCGACCCUGUCAGGUUCGUCCUUAGAGAACGCCGUUUUGGACAUCCUCUGGCGCCAUCGCAAUCGCAACCUGCCAGAUGCAUCACCACCAGCCAGACAUACAGUGAUUCGGCGAUCGUCGCCGGCUCCGUGGCAGAUGGCUCGAUCUGUCACACCGCUAUCUCCCCACCCGACAUUGGGAACAAGCCCCGGAAGUACCUCGUGGAUGCCAAGCCCACGCGGAGCAUUUGCCAGGCCUCCGCUUUCAUCGACUGUCUCGCCAUUCACAUCGCCCCGGCCAUCGCCUCGGCUUGCUCUUGCACAGCCGAUUCCCCAUUCCCCAAAUCUGAACGCAUACGAAUUUUCAGAUCAAAGCCAGAUCUCUGAUUAUUAUGGAGAUCUCGGGGGUGACAAUAAUAUUGACUGGUUGGUCGCAGAUGACGCCAACAGUACAACCUCGUCCGCAGGCGGGGUCAGCACACCCGGGGCCCUCAGCGCCACUGCGGUUGAGUUUGUUCCAGACAUGAGCCCCCAUGACAUCCUGCGCACGGUGUUGGGCGACAAGCGAACCAACGAUGAAAUAGAAGCAGCACUUGAGGCUAACAGCUACGAUCUUGGAGCUACGAUUGCCUCUCUCUCGCAGGACAUCGAGGCCGAGGCAAUCUCAAAGCAACAAGAGGACGGCCGUGUUCUGGUGGGUAAGUCCAUGGCGAUGGAGCAAGUUCGCCCGGUCACACCACUGGGCAGUAGUCGCAGCCCGGUGGUCUGCAAAUACUGGCUGUCUACUGGACAGUGUCUUCGGGCAGACUGCCGAUUUAGCCAUGACCUCACCACCCAUGUGUGCAAAUACUGGGUCAUGGGUAAUUGCUUAGCUGGCGAUGGCUGCCCCUUUUCGCACGACCCUUCCGCGCUUCUCGGCAACCUUAGUGUCACAGGCGGCAGUCGGCCAGCUUCGCCGGCGAGCGCGCUUUCAUUCCAGGUAGACAGCGGCUCUGAUGCCUUCCCGCCUCUACAAGCCACAGAGAGUGGCGAUCAAUGGGGCAACCAAUAUGGUGGACGAUAUCCUUCCCACCUUUCUGUUUAUCAAACCUCCAAAUACGCUCCUCCGGGCUUACUUCCUGGAAUGGGCAAAAGGAAUGGAAGUGCCACCCAUCUUGGGCGCCCCAACUCGCGACCAACAAGUCGUCACCAGAACCGGGAGAUGAAUCCGACGGCGCCAUCUGUGGAUGAUCAAGAUGCAUUCCCGACCCUGGCCGCAGUACAGGCAAAGAACGCUGGAAAGAAACAUCAUGGGAAGCGAGGUGGUCAUAACAACCGUGAUGCAGGUCUGACCAAAGAGAAUAUACCUUCAUCUCUUGCCGAUGUGGUUCGAAUGACCCCAUCUCCUGUUCCAGGAAAAUCCAAGUCCGGUCUCAAGAAUAAAGACACAAAGAGUCGCGAGAAUACUGCGGCGGCUCAGUCCAUACAAGCCCCGCAAAACAUCCCUUGGCUUGAGACAGGAACGCGUGCCAAUCAACAAUACAUCAAAUAUCGAACGGAGGCUAUUCGCCAUGGAACCGUGAGAAACAAGUUCCUCCAAAGCGCCGCCCAAGCAUGGAACCGGAACGAUGCCCGAGCCGCCAAGGCCCUGUCGUUGCGUGGACAGGCGGAGAACGACGCGAUGCGUAGGUGCCAUCGCGAAGCUGCACGUCAACUCUACGAAGAACGAAACCAGCAUCUUUCGCACAAAGGUCUGGAUGAGUCUUCCGAGGAACUCUAUAUCGAUCUGCAUGGGCUUCACCCCGAAGAAGCCAUCGAAUAUCUCGAGAAAAUUCUUCUCAAACACGCCAGAGAAGGACUGCGGGUCGUCUAUGCGAUCACGGGCACUGGCCACCACUCGAAGAAUGGCAAGGAUAAAAUCGGUAAGGCCGUCAAAGCAUGGCUCAACGAAUGGCGCUAUCUCUUCCGUGAAUUCAGCGUCCCUGGUGAGCGAGGCGGUUACGUGGGAGGCAUCCUCGGCAUCGAUCCCACCAGUUAUGACAAGUCAAUAGCCAAAGAAAUGGCUAGUGAUUCGGGGGAGGCUAACGCUGGCGAACCUCCAACCCUGACAAUGGGCAAAGUUCAAUUACUCAAGCGUGAGGACAUAGAGACUUAA